GCCGCCGCUUCGGCCGCCGCCUCAGCCGCCGCCGCCGCCUCGGCCGCCGCCGCCUCCUCGGCCGCCGCCGCCUCAGCUGCCGCCUCCGCCUCGGCCGCCGCCGCCCCCAAUAAUGGGCAGAAUAAAAGUUUGGCGGCGGCGGCGGCGCCCAAUGGCAACAGCAGCAGCAACUCCUGGGAGGAAGGCAGCUCCGGCUCGUCCAGCGACGAGGAGCACGGUGGCGGCGGCAUGCGGGUCGGACCCCAGUACCAGGCGGUGGUGCCCGAUUUCGACCCCGCCAAACUAGCAAGACGAAGUCAAGAACGAGACAAUCUUGGAAUGCUGGUCUGGUCACCUAAUCAAAAUCUAUCAGAAGCAAAAUUGGAUGAAUACAUCGCCAUUGCCAAAGAGAAGCAUGGAUACAACAUGGAGCAGGCUCUUGGGAUGCUCUUUUGGCAUAAGCAUAAUAUUGAAAAAUCAUUGGCUGAUUUGCCCAACUUUACCCCCUUCCCAGAUGAGUGGACUGUGGAAGAUAAAGUCUUGUUUGAGCAAGCCUUUAGUUUUCACGGGAAAACUUUUCAUAGAAUCCAACAAAUGCUUCCUGAUAAAUCUAUAGCAAGUCUGGUGAAGUUCUACUACUCUUGGAAGAAGACGAGGACUAAAACCAGUGUGAUGGACCGCCACGCUCGGAGACAGAAGCGUGAGCGGGAGGAGAGUGAGGAUGAACUGGAAGAAACAAAUGGAAAUAACCCCGUUGACAUGGAGAUUGACCAAAACAAGGAAAGCAAAAAGGAGGUGCCCCCUACUGAGACGAUUCCUCAGAUCAAAAAGGAAAAACAUAGUACUCAAGCUAAAAAUAGAGCAAAAAGGAAACCUCCAAAAGGAAUGUUUCUUUCUCAAGAAGACGUGGAGGCUGUUUCUGCCAAUGCCACUGCUGCUACCACGGUGCUGAGACAACUGGACCUGGAGCUGGUGUCAAUUAAACGACAGAUUCAGAAUAUUAAACAGACGAACAGUGCUCUAAAAGAAAAACUUGAUGGUGGAAUAGAACCAUACCGACUUCCAGAGGUCAUUCAGAAGUGCAACGCCCGCUGGACCACGGAAGAGCAGCUGCUCGCUGUACAAGCCAUCAGGAAAUACGGCCGAGAUUUCCAGGCCAUCUCAGAUGUGAUUGGGAACAAAUCAGUGGUGCAAGUGAAAAACUUUUUUGUAAAUUAUCGACGCCGCUUCAACAUAGAUGAAGUUUUACAAGAAUGGGAGGCAGAGCACGGGAAAGAAGAGAAUGGUCCCAGUAACCAGAAACCUGUCAAGUCCCCAGACAGCUCCAUCAAGGUGCCUGAGGAGGACGACGAGGCUGCUUCUGUCCUUGACGUCAGAUACGCGUCUGCCUCCUGAGACGCUCUGGUGGCCUGAGCGCUUGGUGUGGACGCCUGCAUUUUCCAGGAUUCAGGUACCUCCAGACUUCACCCAGCCAUCCGCAUCACAGCUCUGUGGACAAGCAGCUAUUACCAAAAAGGCACACACUCGCAGUCCUGGGCUACACCUGCCUUAAUUCUCCGCUCGUUCCUCGUGUGGAGCCGCUUCCCCGAGAGUUCUCUGUGUCUCUCGCUCUGCCUCAGUGUGGGGAUCCUGUGGCCUGCACGCUCCUGCGACACCGGGCCCGCCACCCCCACGGAGCCCCGGCCCACCUACGGCAGCUCUUCCCCGUUGGCGGCUUUGGAACAAGGAGUCAGUCAGAGGUGCGACUCUGUUCCUGCAUGGCCUGCAGUCCCUACUUUGUGCAUAAUGUACUUUUCAGAAUAACUGACCUGUUGGCCUUCUGGGAAGUUUCCUUUGUUCUUUUUUGAGGCAUCCACCUAAGUGAUAUCAUGCUUCUUCGGAAAUCCUGCAUAUUGGCGACUGCGUCAUAACCUUUAACGUGCCAAACAGCUUGAUACAACUCCCCUUUCCCUCAAUGUAGGUAUAAUUAUGGUCUAUAAAUUCACUUGGCUUAAAUCUCUCCCCUCUCCUGCCCACGUGGUGGAAAGCUCAUUCUCUGCACUGUCCUUGGAGGAUCGUGGACCCCAGCACUCGCUGCCUUCAGCAUCGUCACCCCAGGACGGGCACCACCCCGUCUCUCCUUCCCCUGCCCGCCCCCAACUCCCAGAGUGUCCGUACACGGUACCUGGUGCUUGUACAUUGGGAAUUGGUGCCUUCUCCUUUCGGCAACCAUGUUUUCAACCCUCUUUUCUGUUUCAGUGUCUUAAUUCUUCUUUAAAGUUGAUUGCUUGCCAAAGAUGACAUCACUGAGAUGAGGAGAUGGGGAGGCCUUGCUGCAGGUGCUUGACAGAGUGCAGACACUCGAUGUCACGGUGGGUGGUAAUAAAGGGCAUGAGGCUGGCUGGCAAUGGUCUUCUCAAAGCUCCGUGCUCUUUGAGCGCUGUCCUCUUGGUACGCCUGGCCUCUUGCCCGUCUCUCCACGCAGCCUCUUGUCUGUCACGUGCUGGCCAUGCAGGCAUCCCCCCUUCAAUAUUACAGAACAGGCAGGGAUGUGCUCGGUCACUGGUUCUAGUGAGUUCAGGUGGGAAGAAACCAUCUGCAAAGGGGUAUGUGAUGCCUUUUGGUUGGGCUGGGAACAAGUACAGACAUUUAACAAAUGUUCUAAAACUUGCAGAAUCACUUUUAUUCUCUUGCCAGACCGUGGGCCUGUGGAGGGGCUGAGGGUGGACUGUGCCAUGCCUCCUGGUGUGCCCCGUUCCCUGGCCCGUGGUUGGUUCAGUCUGCACUAAAUAAGUGGAAGGAGCUUUUUUGUUGUUGGUUUUUGCAUCAAUGAAGUAUUUUUUGUGCUUUCAAUACCAAAAAGAAAAAAAUUCCAGAUGCUUUAAGGCAUAAACAAUUCUUAAGAAUUUGAAAUAUGCAAUUAAAAUUUGUUGUUUUGACUCCCACACACCUUGCUUUUUUUUUUCCCCUCGCUUUUUUUUUUUCUCUCUCUUUUUUUUUUUUUUUUAAAGUCAGCUGAUUUUCUCUUUAGGAAGAAGGUCAGCAAGACACCUAGAAUGUUUGGAAUUGUACUUCUUUUUUUGAAAUCUGGAGAAAGGUUAUCAGGAGGGGAGUGAUUCGGGCCUUUUCUGGUGCCCAUCCCCUGUCCCUGCACGCAGUGUCUGUGGGUCACGUGAGGGCUGGUGAGGAAGAGCCUCCAAGGAGCUGGGCGCCCCUGCCGCUCCUGCCAGGCGGGCAGCAGUCACAGCGGUCACUCUGCAGGGCCCAUUCUGUCUUUGUCCUGAGCCUGCCGCCUAAUUGGAACAUGGCAGGAAAACACGGGCAAGAGGUGGCAGGAGUUUUGCACGUUGCCGAAAGAGGAUGGCAGGCGUGAAGAGGCUUCUGCUGCGUCUGGCCUCUUCUCUAGACCUCCUUCCUCGUUAGAGAAGCAGUGGGCACCUUGCUGCAGCGCUCUCUCUGCCAGCCGUGCUUCCUCUCUUCACCCCCAGGCUCUUUCCCUCGAGAGUCGAUCCCGCUUGGCAGUGCUUCCGGGCUGGUGCUGGUCUGUGCUGCGCAGCAGGCACACCAGCAGGGCCAGGCCCGUCUGUGCUCAGACGUCCCCUGACCUGGCUCCUGGCAGCAGGUGGUCUCCAGUCCCGAAGAGUCACGGUGCUGGUGUACUUGCCAUCACGGCCACUGAGUUUUGGCUUUCUCGCCUUGGGAAAGGGGUGUGUUAUUUUCAUUUGCUAGAAGGAUAAAAGGUAGUUGUCUUUGCCUGACUGCCUUCGUUGUAGUUUCAUGCAUAAGAUAGCACUGUGUUUUAAACUGUUUCAUUACACUGUCUUUGCAAUGAUGUUGUAAAUGCAAGAAAUCACUUCCCUUUAGAAGCGAAGUGGUUUGGUGUUAUUUAUGGGACGACCCUUUUUAACAUACCAAGACUUGGGUGCGUCAGCAGGUUGUGUUUGGAUGUGUAAGGGUCCAUGAUGACAGCUGCUUCAGAUGCAGUGUUCACUUAAGCUUUGUCUUCUUAAAAAUUAGCAAUGUGAAUGUCAUAAUUAUAUAUAUUUUUUGUGGAAAAUUUCUCCUAAGUUAUUGUGCAAAAUAUAGUACCAUUGAAGCAAAUGAUAGUUUACCUUUUAGUUUAGAAAUCCUGAAAGAUAUAAAUUGUAUUGCAUAUGCAUUAAAAGUUUGUUUUAUUUAAUUUUAUGUAGAUGUGUAAAGUGUUAGGUAAACAUUUUUUCACUUACUCAUUUGAACACCUUGUUACUUGAAUAUUGUUUUGACUGGUCUGAAACAGUGAUGGAUUCUGUAGGAUCACUCCGUGAGCAGGAAGCAGCCCCACCUGCUCUUGCUGAGCGGGGAGCCGUGGGGAGGCAGCGCCCAAGUCGGCCGGACCCUGAGGUUAGUGUAAACCGCCUGCCUCCCCGUGUCAUCUCCGUGCAUCCGUGCCUACCAGACAUCAUCAGUUCCUCAAGAUGGCUUUGGAUAGUUUUUAACCUGCCAGAUCCUUUGGUGGUCGUAAACCUCUGAUCAAAAAAUGAGAAAGAAAAAGUAGUUGAGUUUGAAAAGCUUGCUGUUACCACACACCACUCUAAGUGUGCUCGUUGUCACUUUAAUUUCAACUAUGCCCUAUUUUUGUCUUUCUGAUUAUCAGAUUGUACUAUUGGUAUAAUUGCAUACCAAAAAUAAGCCAAAUAGUGCAUUACACUAACUGGAUCCCUGCUUAUAUGAGCAAAGGUCGGAUGGAGCCAGCUCACCCGAGAGCCUCGUGUUUCUUGUCUAGCCUGAUCUAAACUGAGUGACCCCGGAUUCAAGCUUGUGAUAUCAAGUAAGACUUUAUCUCAAGUUGACUUGAGGUGGUUAGCUAAUUUGAAUCUAGUGAUCUUGUGCAAUGCUCAAAACAAAUCCUCUUUCUGCCACUCCCCGGAUCUCUGCAGCUUUUCCUUCUUAUAGUGAAGCACAAUUGCAGUAACGUUACAGUCCAGCGAAGGAAGGUCAGUACAGCCUAUGCAUGUUGUAUGAUAAUGAGUGUUUACAGCCCUUCUCCUGAACUCAAGUCUGUCCUGGAGCAGGUGGUAUUCCAUUACGUAGACUUACCAACUUUGCUAAGUGCUUUUUAGAUUGCUUAACAAUUUUUUCAAGAUUUUAAAAGAUGUAUAAGGUUAAGUUUGCAAAUAUAAUGGAAAUGCUGUAUAUCUUUUGAAGUGAUAAAAAUCCAUGUUGGAAUUUUAAAGAAAAUAUGUUGUAAUAAUGCUGUUGUAAGUAAUAUUUUAAUGUCUCUUUUUGCCUGUUUUCUAUUUCAGCACAUUCAUUGUGGUGAAUGUUCAUAGCAUUAUAAUUGCUUAGCCAUUGAAUGAUAACAUUUGUUAGUAGAGACUGAAAAUUUUAUUUGUGAAACUCUGCAGAAUUCAUUUUUCUAUUUCCAAUAUUUGCUGAAGUUAAAUAAAAAUUUUCAAGCCAUUGAUGUAAUAAAAUAUGAAACAAAA